AUGUCCACGCCUUCGCCACCGAACCUUGCUCUCAACCGAUCUUCUGUGCAGAGUGCGUUUGAGAUCAUCCAGCCGCUCAUCCAUCGCACGCCCAUUUUCACGUCAUCUUCUCUGUCUGCAUCCCUCCCUGGACAGAACUCUCUCUAUUUCAAAGCCGAGAACCUCCAGAAGGGCGGCGCAUUCAAGUUCCGGGGCGCCAGCUACAGCCUCAGUUGUCUCACGAAAGCAGAGCUUGAGAAGGGGAACCAUGCGGGCGCCCUGGCGCUCGCUGCAAAAGAGCGCGGUGUGAAAUGCUACGUCGUGAUGCCGGACAACUCUUCGCAGCCUAAAGUCGACGCGGUUCGCGCCUACGGCGCCGAGAUCACCUUUUGCGAGCCCAACGCGCCCGCGCGGGCGUCCACGCUCGCAGCCGUGCAGGCGCGCACGGGCGCGACCUUUAUACCGCCGUAUGACGCCGCGAACACGAUCUUCGGGCAGGGCACCGCGCUGCUGGAGCUGCUCGAACAGGCACCGGAGCCGCUCGCGGCGGUCGUCGCACCCGUGGGUGGCGGGGGCCUGCUCGCGGGCACGGCGCUCGCGGCGGAAGGCACGGGCGUGCGCGUGUUUGGCGCGGAGCCGGCGGGCGCGGAUGACUGUGCGCAGGGUCUGCGCGAAGGGAGGCGCAGAGAGGAUGUCACGGCUGUCACGAUCGCGGACGGGUUGCGGACGCCCGUGGGCGUGCUCAAUUUCCCUAUCAUCCAGGAGAAGGUCGAACGUGUGAUUGUCGUAUCAGACGAGGAAAUCGCGGAGGCGAUGAAGCUGAUGUGGGAGCGGCUGAAACUGGUUGUCGAGCCCAGCGGUGCCGCCGCGUUCGCCGCCGUGCGAAGCCCGGCGUUCCAGGAUUUGGGCAUCAAAGGCCCAGUAGGGAUCAUCAUUAGCGGCGGCAAUAUUGACCUUUCCAAGCCAUUGCCGUGGAACGGGCAGAAAUAG